UAUUCAGUUCUAAGAAACAGACAACCCAAUAAUGGAAGUUUUAGAAUUUUUAAAUCGGACCGACCGCCGCAACCUCAAGUCGCAAAUAGGAUUUCAGGUGGCGCGAAAGAUGCGGGAGUGGCAGGAGGAUGUGGACAGGCGCCGUUGGAGUCUUAGUAUGCUGCUCCAAAGAGAAGCCCUGCAGCAGGACGAGAUGAUCGCCGAAUUGCUCCAGAAGCAAGCGGAUGAAAUGGAUCGAAGGCGACGGGAGUGGAUCGAAAUGGAGCGAUUGAAGCGGGAGGAGGCCGAGAGGGAGCUGGUCAAAGUUAAAACCCAGCAAAGAGAGAUUGAAAACAGCGAGGCACACCGUCACAUGCAAUCGAAGGAGAUCCUUCUCGAAUCCAAAAACGCCCAGCUCCAUCAAAUCGAGGAGAAAAAGGCUUUAAAGCGCCGACAGGCUUGUGUGGAGAUCCUUUGGCAGCGGGUGUGGCAGCGAUUGGACGAAAGCAAGGCGCAGCAGGAGCAAUAUGAACAGAAGCUGCGAAACCUGGUGGAGGGCAGGUGCCAGGCUCAGAACUUGGACAGAGAUCGGGAGAUGAAAGCCCAGUUCGCCAAGGAAGUGAUGGCUGAUCAACGGGAAUGCUCCCAGGCUCUAGAACUCGCUGCCGAAUUGGAUAUUCUAAAGAAACAACAAGACCUCAAGAAGGCGAAGGACAAACGUCGCCAGCAACUCACUGACCUACAGGAUCAGAUCAAAAGGAACCUCGAGAUCGAAGCCAAACAAUCGCAGGCCAAUAUUCGAGAAGAUCUGGGAUACAACGUACUCGAAGAUCGACAGAUUCACGAGGAGCUCAUGCAGAAGCGGUGCGCCCGGAUCCACAAUCGCGACUGGCAUCAGCGGUACAUGGCACAUGCGGCCGAGGAGCGGGCUGCUCGAAGGGAACAGGACCUUCGGCUGGAGCAGAAGUAUCUGGGAACUGGGUGUGUGCUCAGACAAAAGCAGAAACAACCAUACGGCAAAGAUGUGCGCUAAGACACGUAAUCGAUGCCCGGACUUUGUGACUAAUAUGAACAGCUUUUGUAAUUGAACCAGUCUUUUUCACGAUACUAUUUGCAUAUUUUAUACAAACUUUUAAAUUUACAUUUGUUCUUUUUUAUCAAAUAUUUUAUUUUGGUGGGAGAACUCUUAAUAAUUCGGUUAAAGAACAAGCAGAGCUUACAAUAUGAUACCAUCAUGUAUCCAAGUGCCCACUCCAGACUGAACUUUUGGUGUCAGAGAUUGUGUAAAUGACCUUUAAGUGAAUUGAUUUGUUGAAAACGUAUUCAACUACUGCUAUAAACUGCUAGACUUAUUUUAAUCAAUAAAGAAUACAGUGACCAAAUGUAUUCUUUUCAUUCGUGAUCAGAUAUUUUCUUCUACCGGCCUCAUGAAUCAAUGUAUACUUUCAGGCUCUUUGCGAAGGGCUUUUUAU